AUGGGGUCAGCACAAAGCCAGUCUGGAGGCGAGGGCGACUGCGAAGGCUGUGGACCCGUCGGGCCGGGUGGAGUGGGUGUGGGAGGUGUACGGCCGGGAGUUGGAGUAAGACCAGGAGCAGUGCCUGGAAUAGGUGUUGGUCCUGGAGGCGUUGGUUUGGGACCAGGAGGAGCCAGGCCUGGUAUCGGUGUGGAUCAAGGAGGUAUUGGUAUUGGCCCUGGUGGUAUUGGUGCGGGUCCUGGUGUACGGCCGGGGGGUGUAGGUCCUGGCGGCGUUGGACCAGGAGGAGAUCAGGAAGGUAUAGGUCCUGGCGGUAUUGGGGUAGGUCCAGGCAUGGGCUUCGGGCCUGGUGGUGUAGGACCAGGAAGUAGAGUUCCUGGUGGCGUUGGGCCAGGAGCUGUAGGAGGUGGACCAGGGGGCGUAGGUCCUGAUGCUAUAUAUCAAGGAGGUAUUCAGGGCCCUCCCAUUACGGCGCCGGGCACAUAUUCUGUUGGAUCCCCUUAUGUAGCGGCGCCUGGCAUCGUGUGUCAGCCCUCGUUAAUUUGCAGACUUGUACCUGGAGCGUCCCCUGGUCACAUUCCUCCUGGCGCUCUAGAGGGGCCUGGCUACGUUUCCGGCGUAGGGCCCGGGCAACUCUUUGGAGGACCAGGGUACAUCGGUGGACCUGGUGUAAAUGGUGGUCCCGGGCAAGUAGGAGGCCCAGGGUAUGCUGGAGGUCCUGUUCAAGUAGGGAGACCCGGGUACACCAAUGGACAUCCAGGUUACGUCGGGGGACCCGGUCAAGUAGGAAGGCCGGGGUACGUGGGUGGUCCUGGUCAGCUAGGAGGACCGGGUACCGGUGGAGGUCCAGGUUUUGUCACUGGUCCAGGACAAGUUGGAGGCGCCACGGGUAACGGGAUACCAGGUCAAAUAGGCGGGCAAGGAUAUAAUGGACAGGGAUAUGUAGGAGGGCCAGGUGCAGUGGGUGGUCCUGGAUAUUUGGGUGGAACUGGAGCAGGACAAGUGGGAGUGCCGGGAUAUGGUGGUAGACCCGGAUAUGGUGAAAAUGGUAAUGGGCAAGGCACAGGAUACGUUGGAGGACCUGGCAGUGUGGGUGGACCGGGAUACGUCGGAGCACCAGGCACGGUAGGAGGGCCAGGAUACGUCGGCGGACCGGGUGGGCGGCCAGGAACAGGGAGCAGCGUGACGCAGGACGAGGGCGAGACGCGCGCGCAGGCGUCGUCGCAGGGCAAGGCGGGCGACGGCACGGCGCAGGCGCAGGUCACCGGCACCUACACCGGCACGGGCUCCUUCUCGGCGCAAGCGCAGACGCAGGACCGCCUGCGCGGCGCGCAGUCGCAGGUGCAGGCCGGCAAGGAGGGCGCCACCAGCACGGCGCAGGCCCAGGCCGGCUCGGGCCAGUCGCAGGCGCAGGUGCAGCUGGGCGCCGACAGCGGCGCCACCACCGCCGAGGCGCAGAGCGGCGGCUGGCAGCACGGCACCAACACGCAGGUGACGCCUCCCACCCCCUUCCGUGCAUGCGAGGACGGGUAUUUAGUCAAUUUGUUGAGAAACGCUUCGUUACCGCACACACGGCGGCUGGCAGCACGGCACCAACAUGCAGGCGUGUUGCCCCCGCAGGUCCAAGGCAACUUCCGGUACGGCAUCUCGUACACGGGCGCGGCGCAGGCGGGCUCGGGGCCGAACGGCGGUGGAGGCGGGGGCGGCGGCGGAGCGGCCGGCGGGGACGGCGCGGCCAACCUGCAGGCGUGGAGGCCCUUCGGGUCGCCCCUGGGCGCCAGCAGCAGCCGCACCGCCGGCAGCGACGGCCGGCCCAGCGCCGCCGCCGCGCAGGUGGGCACGCCCACCUUCGGAAGCCCCGGUAAGCGACCCGUUCGCCGCAUGCAACUCCCGACUGGCGACCCGUUCCCGGCGACACGCACGAAGUGA